AUGUCCUUUGCUACACCUGCCACCCUUCUUCCCUCUCGCACAUGGACUCGUGAGGGUAGUGAAUUCUUCAUCUCAAAUGACCCCGCAUAUAUCUCUGUCGAGGCUGUGAACCGAGCAUUCGGAAUGGACUUCAUAUACUGGGCGAAGCCUCUGCCGGAAGAUGUUCUCUCCAAGAUCCUUCAGGGCUCAAUGUGCUUCGGAGUCUACAAGCGACUUUCACCCUCGGAGUCCGGCGAAAAGAGAACAGAGCAAGUUGGUCUCGCACGAAUGAUUACAGACGGCUCGACCUUUGCGUAUUUAUCAGAUACCUAUGUUCUUCCCGAGUGCCAGGGCAAUGGGCUGGGAAAGUGGCUUUUCCGUUGCGUGGCGGAGGUCUUUUCGACCGAGAAUAUGCCUUAUCUACGAAGAAUCAUGCUAUUGACACACGAGAAGAAAACCCAAGAGUUUUACACCAAAGCUCUUGGAGUAAAGGUUAUUGGGGAGGAGAAACGGCCGGAUACUGGGAAAGACUUGGUCUUUAUGUGUGCCAGACCGGGUGUUGAUUCAUGA